UGUCUCCUUCAAAGCAAACAAACCCUAAUUUCUUAAUUUGAGCAAAGGAAGGCCCUCGCUUAUAAUUUGAAGGUACAAAUUUAUCCUUUUAUCUCAAAUAAAAACACCCAUUAUAAGAUGACGUUCCUCUAAUGAGCUAAAAUUCGAAAUCAUCUUCUGCUCAAAAAUUGGAAGAAGGUCUGGCAACCUUUGUGUCUCUAUCGAUGGUUUUAUUGGCGAGUCCUUCUGAAUUUUGGGUUUAUAAAUCACUGGUUUAGAAGGCGCCAUCAAGCACAUUCGUACAAGAACAGCAAUUUCACUCGGUGAGUUUCUUUAUCAGUACCAUAUGAUGCUUGGUGUCUUCUGUAGAAAAUUAGGGUUAAAUCAUAGGAGCAUUACUCUAUUAGACUCAAAGACCCAACUGGGUCAGGGUGUUUUUCCUUUUGAUGCAUUAUUCAUAACCAGACGUUUCUCAUCUAAUUUACCUCUGAAAUCAAAUAACGACUCGUUUACUAUUUCAUACCUCAUAAAUUCAUGUGGGUUAUCCCCAGAAUCCGCUAAAUCCGUCUCUAAGGAACUGCACUUUAAAAGCCCCAAUAAACCGGACUCCAUCCUUAGCUUUCUCAGAGAUCUUGGACUCACCGAUACACAAAUCUCCAAAGUUGUCAGGCGACGGCCCCGUUUGCUUUUGCGUGAUCUCAAUAAAAGAGUUUUGCCCAAUCUUGGUUUUCUUCGUUCUUUAGGGGUUUCUAGCAAUGACCUUCCAAAGAUGAUUAGUGGGAAUCCAGAUUUCCUGUUUCGGAGCUUGGAGCGGCAUCUGAUCCCGUCUUAUAAUAUCCUUAAAAGUUUACUUCUUUCUGAUGAGAAAGUAUUCAAGACUUUGAUACGCUUGUCACCAAUUGAUUUGUCCAGCGUGAAGAAGAACUUUACUCUCAAUUUACUGGUCUUAAGAGAGCUUGGAAUGCCUGAAUCCACCAUCUCCCUUUUUGUGACUAGCAGUCCUAAACGUAUGUGCCAGAAUGUGGACAAAUUUAGUAGAAAUGUCAAGGAAAUUAUAGGGAUGGGAUUUAAUCCUGUAAAAUCUGUAUUUGCUUUUGCACUCGGAGUGAAAUCACAAAUGUCCCCGAUAACAUGGAAAGGUAAAAUAGAAGUUUUUAGGACGUGGGGUUUGUUAGAAGAUGAGAUUUUGUUGGCUUUCAGAAAGUAUCCAUUGUUUAUGAUUUUGUCCGAGAAGACAAUUAUGAAAAAGAUGGAUUUUCUUGUUAAUGAGAUGGGUUGCCAGCCUGCUGUUCUAGCCAGAACUCCAGCUGUUUUAACUUACAGUUUGGAGAAGAGGAUUGUCCCGAGGUGUUCUGUUAUAAAAGUUUUGCUUCUAAAGGGUUUGAUCAAGGAAACAAUCAGUUUACUUUCGUUUUUACCACGUCCCGACAAGAGCUUCUUAGAGUCGUUCGUGAUCAAGCAUGAAGAACAAGUGCCUCAAUUGAUGGAUGUUUUCAAAGGGAAAACUGAUCUUGCAGAAGUAUGUUUUGGGUUUGGUGAAAAAUGUAGCGCUCCAAGGGCACAGCGUGCAGCAAAUUAAUAGAAACCAAUGUUCCUAUUGA